AUACCAUCCCCCCCCCCCUCUCCUCCCGCCCUGUCCGCUCUGCCGCUUGCCACUUCGCCUCCUUGCAUCGCUCCCGUUUCCCUCCUCCUUCCUCCCUUUCCGCUCCCGCCCUCUCUCGCGUGCACUGGCCCGGACGACGGUCGCCCGCCCAGCAUGAAGACCGACACACCGGUCUCUCCCGCCACCCCUGCCGCCUCGCGGUCUGGUCGCCGGCCGCGCCGCAACCGGCCGGACAGCGCCUCCUCGGCCAAGAGCACCGACUCCCCCUCGUCCGGCUCGGUCGCCGAUCAGGACACCCCCAUGGUCGAUGCCCCGCUGGAUUACCCCCUCGAGCGGAUCCUGCCCAUCACGCUGAAUGCCGCCGCGCCAGCGGCCGCUCCGACUGCCGCCCAGCUCAAGCGCAGCCAGUUGACUCGGUCCUUCCACUCGGCCAACCCCCCGCCGGUGGACGCCCAAUGGGACGAGUUCGGCGCCAUCCGCUCCGGUGACGGCCUUGUUUCGGCCACCCUGUCCGAGUCUUCCAGUCGCCACCCGGCUGUCACCUCCCUCGAUUCGAAGUACAUCUUCCAGCUCAGUCGCCUGAAUGUCACGGUCCUCCGUUCCGAGGGGGCGCAGUUCCUGCGCAUCCUCCCGUACGUUGGCCCGGAUGACCCGGCUGUCACCCUGGCCCCGACUGGCGAUGCGGUCGCCGCGGCCCGGUCGCACUCGUGCCCGACCGUCCUGGCGGCCUUCCCGUGCCAGGAGAACCCCAUGCGGCUCUACACGGUCUACUCCAAUGGCCUGGUUUACCUUUGGGAUUACCUCGAUGGGUCCCUUCUGCGCAAAUACGACACCGGGGUCAACCUCCUGCAUGCGCAGCUGUGCUCCGUGGCCGGAGCCAACACCUUCAUCCUUGUCACUGGCUACCGCAACCCCCUGGAUGCUGAGACCCAGGUCUCCUCGGUGCUGGCCGUCUCCUUCGAGGCCCAGACCGUGAUCACUCUUGGCACCCUCCCGGCCGUCGGGGUCGUGACCUCGGUCUUUUCCCCGGGCUUCGGCUUUUGCAUGGUGCAUAGCUCGCAGAAGCGCGGCCGGCACCAGCUGCACUUCAGCAUCGUGCCCCACAAGAGCCUCGAGGCCCUGGGCACCGGCAAGGCCACCCUGCGUCUGCUCCAGAGCUUCCCUGCCCAGUCGCGCGUCGUGUCGCUGGCCAUCAGCCUGGCCACGCAGUCCUUCGCUGCCGGUCUCGACAGCGGCAAGAUCGCGGUCUUCCGUUCCCGGCGCGGGGCCUUCCUGGCGCCGGAGAUGCUCCACUGGCAUUCUUCGGCCGUGCGGGCCCUUUGCUUCUCCAACGACGGCCUGCUCCUGCUGUCCGGUGGUCGCGAGGGUGUGCUGACUCUCUGGCAGCUGGGCAGCCGGAGCCGGUCCUUCCUGGCGCAUCUGGACUCGCCGAUCCAGACGAUCGGCGCCUCGGCCGACCUGGCCUUCUACAUGGUGGGCCUGCGCGACUCGACCCUGCACCGGGUGGACGCCAGCUCCAAUCAGGUUGCCGACAGCUUCAUCGGGGUCCGGCGUCCGGAGGCCCUGGACACGCCGCUGGCCUUCGCCAAUGGCAUCCCCGUGGAUCCCAUCACCAAGGGGGCGGUUUUCCGCUCGGUCCCGGGCCGGUUGCAGUUCUUCUCCUUCAAGCAGGGCCGGCACAUCCGCGAGCUGGACAUCACCGGGCGCAAUGUCGAGCUGAACCGCGAGCGUGACGCGCGGCAUUCGGCCCUCCGCGCGGCCCGGAUCUCCGGUCGCACCUCUCUGGCCCUGGCACACACUGUGCGCUUCCCCUCGGAGACUGCCGCCGGUGACAUGGUGUACCUGGGCAACCGCCGCCCGACCGAGCUCUCUUUCACCUCGGAUCUUCUGGAUCUGGUGUCCUUCAGCCCUGAUGGCCACUGGAUGGGAACGGUUGACUCGGUUCAGCAUCGUCGCUUUGCCACCCUGACUACCUUGCGCUUCUGGCGCUACUGCAAAGAGACCAAGCGCUAUCUCCUGAGCACCAAGAUCGAGAUGCCCCACAAGGUGAAGGUCACCUCGCUGAACUUCCACCCGAACAGCCGGCUUUGCGUGACCACCGGCAUGGACCGGCGCUUCCGCCUGUGGCAGCUGACCGAGGAUCCGUCCUCCACGGCCAGCGAGGAGGACGGGUCCGAGGGUGCGGCCGCUUUGCCGAGCUCUCUCCCCUCCUGGGUUUCCCUGUCGUCCGGCUACUUCCGGGACAACCCGUGCAUGGACUCGGCCUUCUCCAGCGAUGGGUCGGUCCUGGCCGUGGCCAGCGGCUCGUACCUGACCGUGUGGAAUCCCUUCACCAACACCCUGCGCGGGCAUGUGCUGACCAGCCCGCAUGAGCUUCCGAUCCUGGAUCUGCGCUUCCUGCCGGGCUCGCCGUAUGUGGUCAUCCGCACGGCCUCCUCCGUGCAUGUGUGGGACCUGCUGUCCUUCAAGAUGAAGUGGUCGCUCCCGAUUGUGGCGGAAUUCCUGGCCGUGCAUCCCACCCGGCCGGUGUUCAUGCUGUGCCCGGUCGACCGGCGCCUGGAGGAAGUGUACGCCUGGUGGAUGGGCGGUCCGCUGGGGACCGACAACUUCGGCAAGCAGCUGCUGCUCUUCGGCCCGGAGUCGCAGUUCCCCAUCUGCCGGAAGUUGGUCGCCGGUGCGGAGAUCACCGCCGCCACCUUCUUCGAUGACUCGCUGCAGUUCUGCUAUGUCGAUCGCAUCCGCUGUGUGCACUAUGCCACCUUGGACAAGGAUGUGGCCUCCAUCCUGCAGGUGUCCCCGGCGUACCAGGUUGCCAGUGCCAUCGCCGGUGCCGCCAGCGCCGGGCUCAGUGGCGAGGAGUCUGACGCCGCCGCCGCUGGCGGCCUGCCACGCUUGCCUGGAGCCGCGCACCAGCGCAUUGCCGGGGCCGAUGGCGGCCGCCUCCGGGCCGCGAGUGCCACCGGGGCGGCUUCGGCCCUGCCGCCGGUGGCCGGGGCCGCGCGCGACGCCCUGCUUGCCACCCCGGCACACAUUCUCCCUGCCCCGGCGGUGCUCUUUGGGCAGUUCUUCCAGGAGGUCAUUCUUCCGCUGUACAACCGCCCGGGGUCGGUCAAGGAUGGUGCCGCUGCCGCCGCCGCCGCCGCCGCCACCCCCUCCAGUGCCGAGGGCGUGGCCGCCUCGUCUGGUGCCUCCGCCGCCGCCGCCGAGGAGGGCGCUGCCUCGAUGCCGGUCGCCCCGGCGGCCGCCCCCGCCGGCCGGAAACCCUCCGCGCCCCUUUCGGUUCCCAUGCUGGCAACCCCGGCCUCCACCUGGGACAAUCCUCUUGCGGCGAUUGCCGCUGCCGCCGGCUCUGUCGGCAUUGCCGCCGCCGCCUCCGAGGGGACCAUGGACUUCAGCUUCUUGAAGGCUCGCCUGCCGGCCGCCACCGCCCCGACCACCGGCCCCGCUGCUGGCGAUGCCGCUCCCGCCCGCGGCUAUAUCCCCUUCAAGCUGUGA